GGUGACAAUGAAGCAAGGUGAUGACAAAACGAAUGGAUUAAGUGCGGGGAGAAAUCAUGCAGCUACGAAUGGUAUCAAGAAAAAGCCGGCACAGGGAAAAUGUGAUUUGGGGCCGGAUUUCGUAGCACCAGACGGUGGCUGGGGCUGGCUUGUCGUCGUUGCAGCUGGUUGUUCAAAUCUAUUCACGUUCCCCGUACUUCAACAGUUCGGAUUACUAUUUAAAGAGCGCUUAGAAGGAAUUGGUCUGUCCGCAUCAGAGAUAACAACUGUAAUCAAUUUGAAUCCAUGUAUAACGUCGUGUGUAGGUUUGAUCAAUGGACCAAUGUUCCGUCGUUUCACGUAUCGUCAGGUUGCCUUAUUUGGUGCAUUACUUGUUGCAUUUUCGAUUUACCUUACAUCGAUCUCUAAUUCAUUCGUCACAUAUAUAAUCACCUUCUCCAUUUUAUACGGUGCUGGCUCUGGAAUUAAUUCAUCGGCAAAUUCCUUGGCGCUAAACACAUACUUCAAGGAAAAAAGACGAAUAGCAACGGGAUUGUCAUGGACAUUGACUGGAAUGGGGCCCAUUUUAAUGCCACAAUUGAUCGCCAUUAUAUUGCCGAUGUACGAUGUUCAAGGCAGCCUUUUAAUUUUCACCGCCAUCGCAUUGAAUGCGGUCGUGUGUGCGUUAAUCUUUCAGCCGGUACAAUGGCAUGUGAAUCAGAGCAAAUUGGAAAAUGUCGAAGAAACACUGAUGAAAGCUCCCAUUCAACAUGAAUGUGAUUAUUGCCGAAUGACAAAGCGCAAAAAUCCGAGCAUUUUAUCAAGCCAGUAUUUGUAUAAUGCCGACAAUGCUAAUGCCACCGGCUAUGAAAUUAUCGAUCCCGGUGUACCAAUGUUAUCACUAGCCAAUGAUGGUUGGUCAUCGAAAAAAUCGCUAUAUGGAUCGCGUGCAUCAUUGUACUCUGAACGAGCGAGCCGGUUUGGGUCACGAAAACCCUCCAGCCAGAAUUUGGUCAGCUUGAAUCGAUCAUCGUCGGUGAAUUUGGCUGCCAUGGCAAAAGAACGGGAAAAGCGAAAAAUUUCCGCACAUAAAAUCGAAGAACACCCAGAGGAUGGUUCCAGCGGCAAAAAUUCACAAGAGAAUGUUGACAUUCGUCCAAAAUCUCCAAUGACGCCCAGAACGCCAAAGACACCUGACAUUCGCAUUUCAAUGGAUGCACCACUCGAAAUCAAAUACAUAAACGACCAUCAAAUUGCUCUUACCACAAAUAAGUUGCCAUUUAGCCGAGUCACAUCGCCGCGCCGCAAAAUAUCCACCAACAAUACGUUCAAUGUGGAAAAAGAAGUGCUGAGAAAUGUUUCACAAAAACUCGAAGAAUUCGUUGCAACCGGUGAUCGUGUACCGACUCUUACCAAUUUAGAAGGGUUUUGUAUGUGCGAUGAAAAGCUACGAUUGUAUUUGGAUCCAGUAUUAAGCGACGAACAUGAUAAUGAAGUCAUUGAAGAGAGCAAACAGAAACAUUCGUUCUGGCAAAAAAUCGUGGUAUUUUUCGAUUUAGAUUUGUUACGUGAUUUCACAUAUGUAAACCUAAUGUUGGGUGUGACACUUGGCAAUUUUGCCGAGUUGAAUUUCUCCCUGUUGACACCGUUUGUGCUGAGCGAAUGGGGAUUUGAAAAACCACAAAUCGCAAUGGCAAUGUCAUUGUUGGGUGGCGUCGAUAUUGGUGUAAGAUUUUUUGUACCAUUUUGUGCUGGGAAGAUUGGAUGGGAGAAUAAAACAUUCUUUUUAGUAGGCAUUUUUGGAAUGGCAAUGGGCAGAGUGUUCAUAACAUUCUAUCGAUCAUAUACGGCGAUUUUGGUCGCAUUUUGUUGGAUUGGAUUGGGCAAAGGGUUGCGAACCGUGUUCAUGGCAUUAGUCAUUCCAAGUUAUGUACCGUUGCAUCGUUUACCAGCGGCGUCUGGUUUGCAACUAAUUUCGGCUGGUAUUUUUUACUUUUUUGCCGGACCGGUCGUUGGUUGGAUUCGCGAUAAGACGGACUACGUGGUGACGUUGCAUUGCUUGAACUUGGCGACAUAUUUCGUAACGAUAAGCUGGCUGGGCGAGAAAUUCUACCGUGAUUAUCAGGAACGAAAACGAAAACAGGCUGAACAGAAAGACCAAACUGUGAUUGAAUAAAUUCAAAGCACAAAACUCGUGUAAAACACGUCACACAAACACACAUACACCAAAAAAAAUCACAAAAACUUCAUUUCAAGCGUACACGAUAAAUUCAUAAAUAAAUCCAUUAAAAAUCUAAUCAAGUGUAAAUUCGUUGAAAUUAGCGCGUUCUUUUGUUUCGACUUUAUAUACAUUUCUAUUUAUUUUGUAAAAUUCUACAAUGAAUUCAAUAAAUUUGUUUCGUUUUAUUUUGUUAAGUCAUAGAAUAUUGUUUGUUGUUUGCGCAUUGUCCUAAAUUAAGGUCCCUCGAUUAAGGUUAAAUUGGUGAUUUGCAUUUGGGACAAACACAUGGUAUUGAUUGCCAAUAAUUGUUUGCCUGGACAUUUUGUUCAAUUGUAAACGUUCCAUUGAGUGACAAUUAAAUGUUUGUAUGUGUAUCUUAUCACGUGUGAAUAUGUGCGUGCAAAAUAAGGUCACCCGUGUGGUGGACUACCUUCGAACGCCUUUUUUGAACAAAAUAACAAAUCAACUGAAUAUUUUGACAAAAAACACACACACACACACACUUCGAACUUACAUAAAAGAGCUCAAUGACCAAUGUCCCGUGAGAGUGAAUGUGCAAACAGUUAAUUAGUGCCAAAAACGUUGUUUGAAGGAAGGAUCCAUUAAAAGUCACUUUAUUUAUAGACAGAGUAGAAC